AUUGCGAUGUGAAUAAACUAUUUGUAUGGAAAGUGCAUGGAUAUGCUGGUAUUUAACAUAUAAAAUUUCAUCCAUUGCAGUGAGUGCGGUUAUUUGAAGGACACUUUAUUAAAUGUAUGUUUAAAAGAGGGUGCUUGUGUUUUGCCACGUGAUCUGGAAACAAAUAUUUCUUGUUUGCGAUUUAUUACUUCUCAGAAUGAGACACUGUAUGUUGCCAAAGUUAAAACAGGAAAAUCACUGGAUUUUUUCACUUUCAACAAGUGAAAUCACCACAAACAAACCAUACCACCAUAGCUUAAGUCACAUGGACACUACCCACAGGCUUAUAUAAAGCCCUGAUCCUCAGAACCUGUAGGUAGUCACAGGAGACAUAUUACCCUCCAACUUGCAUUUGUUUUAAGAGGAAGAUUUGAGAUGAUUCAUGUUUCAAGAACACCAGAGUUCUCCAAUUGUGGAAACAUGAAUUCGAUCUCAAUGUGCACAUCAUCUGAUCAAGAUCUGGGCUCUAUGGCAGGAGGCAGAAGCAGGCCAAGGUCUCACUCGUAUUACAGUCCAGAGGAUUGUAAGAACUAUGGUCUGCAGAUGCAAACAGAGGAAACCUAUCUAAGACCUCGCUCCAGGUCUUUUUACACUUAUGAGACAUCAGAGCUUUACUCUGCCUACGAAGCAGGAAACUCCAGUCCACUGAGCCAGAGAGCCAGCUCCCUCGUCCAUGAUCAAGUAAACAAAAAGGAACAGAGAGAAGGGAAUGGAGCUGGUGUUCGGCUAGCUUCGAAGAAGCCCAAAUCUAAACCAAGCAAAAGCUCACCAUCAAGAGAACUUAAUGGCAGUAAAGGCAAUCUUAAGUCACUGUCCAUGAUCACCAUCUCUGAGUCGGACAACUGGGAAAUCAGCUCCUGUUCAGGGAUGAAGUAUGGACAGUUUGUAGACUGGGAGAAGAUUGAUCCUGAACCUGCAAAAAGAUACCAGCAGAUCCUGAAGAGCAAUCACCAGCAGAUGAAAGUUAUGGGCCGAGAAGGAUUCUGGUCCAUGCCCCACACACUAAGGGCAAAGGCUUACUAUCACAUCAUCCACAGCAUCAAUUCCAGUGGGAUUGUCAGUCCAGAUAGAGAUGUGUACUACGAAGUGGCCAAGAAGCUCUUUGGAGAACAGAAAAUCAGCACCCAUCCAGUUCCAGAAUACAUGGAGGCAGGAGAAAUACCCAGAUACUGUCUCAACAAAGCAGGCCUGAACUCUGUGAAAAAGAUUCUUCUUUGCCUUGGCAAAUACUUCCCGAACAUGAACUUCUGCCCCAUCCUGCCUGCAUUGGUCUCCCUAAUCCUCCACUUCAGCGAGGAUGAGGCUGAAUGUUUCUACAGCAUGUCCAGACUUAUCUGCUACAAUGACCCCAAUAAGCGUUACAUCGACCAGACCUUCCUCACCUACCGUGCCUCCUGUAUGACCUUUGGAGACCUUGCUAACCGGUGUUGCAGAGGCAUCCGUAAGCUGAUUGCCAGCUCUCAUCAGAACCUCUUUGAGUUUUACUCUGACUGGAUCAUGUGGAUAUUUGCUGACCUUCCGUUCACAUAUGCCAUCAGAGUGCUGGAUGUCUACUUACUGGAGGGCUACAAGGUCCUCUACAGGGUGGCGUUGGCUUUGCUCAGUCUCUACAAAGUAUCUGUGUCAUCUCGAGUGGCUGAUGUAGAGGACUUCAGGACGGAUAUGAAGAGUUUUGUGCAGAAUGUAGCUCGCCACUGCACCGUUGAGAAUCUUCUGGAAAGGGCCUUCAUGAUUCCUAUGGCCACACGGAGGGAGCUCAACCUCCUGUUCAAUGCUAAUAAGGACUCCCUCAUGCAAAAAGGUGUCAGCAUACACCAGAAAAGGCAGGUGGUUGAGAUGGUGGACUUUAACAACUUCACAUCUGAUGUUGUGACAGGCACUGGGAUGAGAGUCAUCUGGGCCUGGAUACCUGAGCGCUUUGCCCUUUUCAGCCCCAUUAGACUGUUUAAUACAGCUGAACAUGAAAAAAGUCUUACCUCAUUCUAUUCACAAGUGGAGGGACAUGAACCAGUGGUUUUGAUAAUCAAAACUGUGGAUGAAGAGGUUUUUGGUGCCUUCCUGUCAACAGAUGUGAUUGAAAGAAAAAAGCACGACUCUGAGCGACUGACAUAUUUUGGAACUGGGGAAUGUUUUGUUUUUACGCUUCGUCCCAACAUGGAGCGCUAUCAGCAGGCUAUGGUCAACAUAAUGACCAGAAGAGCUCACCCUCAGCAGGUGCGAGUGAGCAACAAUGCCUUCUCUGAGGUAUCCAAUAGUGACUGCUCCACCAUUACCUCCACCUCAGCCUCAACUCUAACCUGCCCUUCUGGAACCCCCCAGGACCCCAGUUAUCUGACGAUCCCUUUCACUGCCCCAUCACAGGAACCCAUGACUGCAAAAGAGCCGAAGAGACCCAAGGAACAAGAAGCCUCUAUGUUCAUAGCAUGCAGUGACAGUCAGCUCAUUAUUGGUGGUGAUGGGGGCCAUGCACUCUGCCUGCAGGGAGACCUAGUGGGAGGAUUCUCAGGGCCUUGUGACACAUUCAAGAGCAUCCCACUCUGCAAGGGAUCUUUCAAGAUCCAGGCCCUGGAAGUGUGGGGCAUCCAGAACUGUAUUUCUUUUUCUCACAGUUUUCCUUCUCAGUAGAAAAACAGCCUGGUAACUUUGCAUCUCUUGGUAAACAGAACCAGGCCUUUUUCAUAGUGUUGUUUCAUUGGACUUGAUUUUUAUGCAAAUUCCACUCAUUUAUUUUGUGCAAUGCACAUUUAUGCAUACACUAUACUGUGAAGCAACUAAGUGAAAUGUUCUCUGACUCCCUGCGGCUAUCUGUAUAGCCUUAUAUGACAUACACUGUCUGGACUUUACAAGCCCACAGAAACAAAUGUUCCCAUUUCUUGAAAGCUCUCUACAGUCACAGGGAAAACCUCCAUAAAAAAGGAUCUUUUUUUCACUGAAAGAAAGACAUGCCAGCUACGAGAACAAGCACGUAGUGCAAUGAAAUUUACAGUAACUGAUUAGUGUGAGGGUGCUCUGUGGACACUGAGCCUCCCAGAUUCAUCAUAAUUAAUAUCAAUCACUGAAGAGCAAAGGAUCAUCUUUAUGUAGAUGCAAUCUGCUGAAAAACGAUGUUUUUCUAGAAUGAAUAAACAUACUUCUCUAUCGUUUUUUUCUCAUUAUUUUUCAACUUAUCUGCAUUUGAUAGGUGCCCAGUUAAACCUUAUGUAUUUUUGUGAUGUGACAAUCAGUUGUGACCUACUGUGAACGUUAUAUUCUUACUUGAUAUGUAAUAGGGUCAAAAGGAGUUGAGUUUCAGACUGAAAAAAUAUUUUACUCAACUUUCUCUGAGGUCAAAAUCUCAGAACCGUCAACACAUGUAAUAGCACUAAUAAGGUGUAGAUCGCACACGUACGCAGGUAUGUUUGCUUGUUUGUUGUUGAUCUGACAGUCAAUAUCGUAUAUACAGUAUACAUAUACACAUGUAGCCUGCGUAUUGUGCAGGGCCACUUCACAUUUGCAGUUGACCCAAAUAAGACCGAACAGCAUAGACAAGCCGUCUGGGCCUCUACCAAUUUUGAAAACCUUUGCUGUUUUUAGGGCUGUUGGGAAUUUGGUAGCCAAAUGUUAAAGUUGUUAAGAUUUUUUAUUUUUUACCUUAUUUUAUUUUAUUUUGUUUGUUGUUGUAAUUCGUGUGUUUUCAGUGAUAACAGACAAAAACAGUCAUUUAGUUUGGACAAUAGAAACGAUGCCAGCAACAAAUAAAUCUGUACGUCUGGA